AUGACAACAACUGCUGAAACAAUUGACGUGAAGACCACAUCGGGAAGAGUGAGGGGUCGAGUGGUUGUGGCGCUCAACACAACUCUAUACCAAUUUCAAGGCAUACCAUACGCUGAGCCACCCAUCGGUGCGCUCAGGUUUGCUAAACCAAAACCCAUUCAAAAGCCACGAAAUGAUAUAAUAGACGCCACAAAACCGGGAAACAGUUGUAUGCAAAGGGAAAUGCCAUUUGCAGGCACUUCCAUCACUCAGAGUGAGGACAGUCUUGUGCUAAACAUAUGGACACCAACUCUGCCCACAGAUAAUGCAAAUAAAACAUCACUCAAACCGGUUAUGUUUUUCAUACACGGCGGAGGGUUUACUGUUGGCUCUAUUAAUGGCCACUGCAAUGGCGGACCACUGGCCACACAUGGAGUGGUAUUUGUGGCCCCGAACUAUAGGUUGGGUUACUUUGGUUUCCUAUACGGGGAUCGGGAGGACGCGCCCGGAAAUUUAGGCCUCUAUGACCAGCUGUUGGCACUCAAAUGGGUUAGAGAAAACAUUCAUCUAUUUGGCGGAGAUAGGGAUCAGAUCACCAUUUUUGGUGGCAGUGCCGGCAGUUGGUCCGUAUCAUCACAUAUACUCUCCCCAUUGUCGAAGGGGUUAUUCAAGAGGGCUAUUAUGCAAAGCGGCGCUCAUCUAAAUAAUAAGGACAGGGAUGUGAUCACUAAAGAUGAGGCUUUAAGUGAAGGCAAACGUUUAGCUAAAGAGUUGGGUUGGAGUGAAGACAUGGAUUGGAUUCAGUAUUUAAGGACAGUUGACGCCAAGGAAUUAGUGAACAAAUCAAAACAUGUGACAUUCCCGAUGUCGGGCACUGAGUUUUUGCCACUUUCCGCUCAAAAGGCAUUCAAAGAAAAUAAAAUUUAUUCCGACAUCGAUCUAAUAGCGGGAAUCACUAGUAAUGAGGGCUCAGUCCUAUCGAGAAUGUUCAUACCUCCUGACAAAAAGGUAUUUACUUUGGAUGACUUUACGGCUGCGGUUAAGUCGUCGGACGCUAUGUUUCACGGCAUAGAUGUCCAGAAAGUGGUCGACAAUUACCUGAAAUAUGUGGACACGAGUAGUACACCGGCUCUGAAGCGAGCGUUUUAUGAAUAUUUUGGCGAUUUAUGGAUUAAAUACCCGACAUAUCUAUUUGCCCGACAAAUGGCCACAACUGUUGGCAAUCGGCAUAACAUAUACUUCUAUGAACUGACGCAUCAAAACCAGUUGUUUGCCAAACAGUUUGGAUGCGAUGACAAGGACUCGGCUGUCGGACACGCGAUGGAAAUACCGUUUGUUUUUGGAAAGCCAUUUGUGGAACAGACUGUCGACUCUUAUAAUGAAACCGAUUGUCAGUUCAGUCGUGAUGUAAUGCGGAUGUGGACUAACUUUGCGAAAUACGGCAAACCGGACGACAAAUGGCCGCAACUGUUGAGUGAUCCGAAUGUACCGAAAGUGAAGGAUUUAAACCCCGACCCAAACCGACCCCCACUUUACGACCCUUACGGACACUACUAUAAUAACAUUUGGAAAUCUUAUUUUGAAUGA